AAUCAGCUCACUGACACACAGCUGAAGUUUGGUGGGGGGCGUCUUGCAGAUGUCUCAGAUAUUGGACAUUAUUGUUAAAGGUGCUGAGAGUCAUCUGGAAGCUGAAACCAGUUUGAGGUUUACAGACGAAACAAACUGACAUGGGCCAGUCACAGUCCAAGUCUAACCAGAAACCAAAGCCUGGGGACUUGAUUGAGAUCUUCCGAGGCCCCUAUGAGCACUGGGCUGUGUAUGUUGGUGAUGGCUACGUUGUUCACUUGACAGCACCACCAGGCGAUGAAGUCCCAGGUAUAAUUUCCGACACCUUCAUGUCGGUCCCGACUGAGAAGGCCAUGGUGAGGAAACAGAAGCUGCAGGAGGCUGUGGGAGACAGCACAUGGAGAAUCAACAACAGCCUGGACAAGAAGUACAAGCACUGCUCACCUCGCGUCAUCGUGAAGGAGGCGCUCAUGGAGGUGGGCAAGAUGAUGGAGUACUCCAUCUACAGCUCCAACUGUGAGCACUUUGUGAAUGAGCUGCGCUACGGGAAAGCUGUUUCCUGGCAGGUGCUUGAGGCAGAACAAGCCAUCGCUGCAACAGGAGUUGUUGCAGUGGGCGCUAUCGUUGUGGUUGCAAUAGCAGUUGUUGCAGUAUUCAUCAUAAACCGACAGACAGACGGACAGACAUUUUCCUCCACCUCUCCUCCUGUCUGACACUUUACACUUUUUAAUUUAGAUGCCAAGAUGACUUUUUUUUUAAAAAAAGUGUUUUUUUUGUUUUAAGAUUUUUGUUUUAAAUUGAUGAAUAAGAGAUUCAAAUGAUGAAAAGCUCCUUGAAUCAAAUUUGAAUGUCUUUGAAGUCCAAAAUGUUCAUUGUUGACGAUACUUGAUAAGACAAGAAUGUCUUAGACUUAGACAAUUAAAAUGAGUAGAUUAUUUAUCACAGACAUGUCUUGUAAUGUCCCACACUCUCUUUAUAUUGCAAGAGCUCCUCACUGAACUCAGUUUCAUGAUGUCUGAACCAAUUCAACCCUUCUGUACUUGUCUUCUGACAUGUCCUCAACACCUCACCUGUUCCUCAUCUUGUCAUUAAUGUCUGUGUAUAUAGUCUUUGUCUUCCUUCUUAUGUUUGUCAGGUCCUUUGGUGUGAGGUCCUCAAAGUUCCCCUUGUCUCCUCUUGUGUCUCUGGUUUCCUGUUUCCUAUGUAUUGGAUUUUGAUUUGAACUUUGCUUUUCUGUUGCACUUUGUUUAGCUAUUUUAAUUGCUACUUUUGUUUUUGGUCCUUGGACUAAUUUUCAUGUAUUCACCUGGGUUUUUGUAUGUCUCAGCUUUGUUUUAAAUAAAACUUGCCUUUUG